AGUUAAUUUGUCUUGCUUUAUAGUUUUUAUUUUCUCUAUUAUUUUGUAUUGUAUUACAAUAUUGUAAUUUUUAUAUGAAUAUUUUUAAGUUGUGAAACAAAUCAUUUCUUAUGGGAAAAUUCGCUUUGAUAUAUUGUUGCUUUGAUUAUAACCAUGUUUCUGGAACAAAUGUUUGCAAAAUCAAGAUUUUACUGUAAAUAUGACCUCAGUCUGUAUCUUUAAUAUCAUUUCCAAGUAGGAUACAACAGAGCAUAUGGAAGGGGAGAAUUGAAUCUCAAACUCCAGGUCUUUGUCUUACUAGCUGACUAACUUUAGGUAGAUGUCCAAAUCAAUUUCUUGUGCCUAUUUCUGUUUCCUCUUCUGUAACUUGAGACCAACAACAUGCAUCUUACUAUAACAUACAUUGAUGAGUGUGGUUGUGAAGAUGCAGUGGAUUUUUCUUUAAGUUCUCAGCUACUCUUACCAAAUGUUGAGGCCAGGACUGAAGAAAGUGAGGCAAAGGUCAGUUGUGCAUGAGAAUUUUCCUUUGCAGAUGGAUUGUUUUCCUAGGGAAAACAUGCCAAAUCUAUGCUCAUACUGGGUGUGGAUAGUGAGUAUGUUUUCAUUCAGAAUGCUUUACGAUUCCAAGGGAUCGCUGUAAUUUUAGGUAUUUGUUUUCUGGUUAAACUGAAACUGGUUAAACUUAUUUGCCUUCUGAUUCAACAGCCUAGGUAGAUGGUCACUGAAAAAUAGGCUUUAAUGGGAUCAACAGGAGUGAGAGUAGGCAGAGGAGAAAUUACAGUGACCCAGCCAGCCCAGAGCCACGACUGUUCUUCCAUCCUGUUGGGGUAAAUAUGCAGCCUUAACUUUUUAUUGCUAGGGUAGAAGUAUGGAAGGGGCACAUAGGAACUGGCAGGACCAUCCAGGGUGCAUCAGAUAUCAGUCGUGUCCUCAGACAGGAGAUGUGUGCCUGAGCUGGCAGUGAUCCGCUCUGCAUCUGACCCCUUCUCCUAGGAAUCUGGUUUAUGCGCCAUUUACAUGCUCUUCCGUAGAACACAGUGAAUCUGUAAAACUGUUUGGCAGUUAGUACUCAAGUGAUCACACCAUCUAGAGGUGUUUUACAGUUUAAUAUGUCUCUCAUAAAGGUUGGAAACUCUUUAGGUUCCCUAAAAUGAAUCUUCAGUGGUGGAAUUUCAUACAUCGAGGCCAAUAGAUUUCUUUAAAAAGAAAAUUUAUAGAUCGCUUUAUGACACACUCAGUUUUGCAAAAUACUGUACUAUUACAUAUAGCCAAACAUCUGUGUCCUAUCCUUGCACUGAGGGGCAUGUGAAAGCCACCACCAUUUUAAAGUGAAAGACUGCAUACUUGAAGUCCUUUUAAUUUCCACAUUCAGCUGAUACACCUGGAUAUUGCUUUAUUUUUGUAGAACAGUUAUGACAUCUAGUGGUUAACCCAAGUAAUUCCAAGAACUGCUUUGAUAUGCUAUUUUUCUCAACUACUUAUAUUUAAGUAUGAGAAUUUGCUAUUGAAAUAUCACCUUUAAAAUAUCCUUACACAUAUCUCUUUACAUAAUUAAUAAUAUACAAUAAAGAUUAAGACUUAGGGGCUGGGGAUUUAGCUCAGCGGCAUAAGUGCCUUCCUUGCAAGGGUGCGGUCGUGAGUUCGAUCCCUGGUACCAAAAAAACGAAAACAACAACAACAAAAAAAAGACUAACACUUAGAAUUUUUAAGUGAAAGGUUAUGUACAUUUAAAAUGCUGUCAUUGUCAAUUUGUCCUUUACAGGAGGUUUGUCUACUUUCUCUUUUACUAUAGUAGCUUGUUUUUAACUUUUGACAUUUUGAUUUUUCAUGUAAUGUAUAUAAAGGUUUUAUUUUAAAAUUUAAAUUUCAUAACAUUUAAAAUGCUAUCUUCCCUCCUGGGGUAUAAAGAAUUGAAAAUCAGAUAUGCUUAUAUAUCAUGUAUUUUAUGCAAAGUUUUGGGGUUUUUUUGUUUUGUAUUUUACAUUUAAUCCUUUCAUUUACCAAGUAUUUCAGUCACAUAGGAAAUGUAGAGAUUUAAAUUUGUUUUUCCCUAACAAUGUAAAGGAGAUUGGUAAAUUUAAAUAUAUAGCUAUUAAAAUAGUUGAGGUAGACAUCUAUAUAUACUGAUGAGAAAAUAUGUCAAAAAUUUACACCAAUAGAGAAGAACAAUUUUGAUAAUAUAAUUCUAUUUAUGUAGAAAACUAUUUCCAUGCAAAGGCACAGAAAAUGUCUGAAAGGACACACACACACACAUACACUCUGGUCACAUAUAUGUUAAUAGGAGAUUUUUCUAAGGACUACAUAUUGAUUCUUGACAAUGAAAAGCAGAUUUUAAUGCUUAUUUUUAUAUAGUCUUUUAGUGUUUGAUUGUAUUAACCUGAGCAUACAUUACUUAUAUUUGAAAAUUAUUUUGUAAAGAAUGUUUAGUAACAUGGGAUGAUGCUAUGGUUUACAUCUGAAACGUCCCCUAAAGGCACAAAGUACACAAAGUUAACCAAAAAUCUGAAUUUUAUAUAUUAAUGUAUAGACAUUAAGAUAGUAGUUAUAUUUAACAUUUUUAUACUUUUAAAAAAAAUUUUUGGUACCAGGGAUUGAACUCAUGACCAAGGCAGGUACUUAUGCCGCUGAGCUAAAUCCCCGGCCAUAUUUAACAUUUUUAAAUGCAAAUUUUUGUCUUUAAAUAAAAUUCUAAGUUUAUUAUUUACAUAAAUAUAAUCUACCAUUGCAAAACUUGUUUUGUAUACUCAACAUUGUUUUGGUAUUUACGUUGCUAUUUAAGGCUUAGUUCCUGCUGUGCUAGGGCUGUGGAACCCUUGAAGGGGCGGCUGAUGGCAGGCCUCAUGAGCAGAUCGGGGAUCUCAGCUCCCUUUUCUCUCCUUCACUCCCGUAUGCAGCAAGAGCUUCCAUAAGCACAUGCUUUUGUCUCAAAACAACAGGCAAGCUAGGGACUAAAAGCUCCAAAACUAUGAGCUGAAAAACUCUUCCUCUUUUUUAGUUCACUGUUUUUCCCAAAAAAUAUUACUUUGGUUCACAAGAAAGUGUUUGAUUUUCAUGAAUUUUUACCUGGAAAUUAGUGAAAACUGUGUACACAGGAUGCUAUAACAUUUCCACAGAAGUAAACAGCCUUACAUUUUUAUUACUUCAUUUACUUCAUUUACUCAUUUUUAUUACUUCAUUUACUUCAUUUACUCAUUUAACCUGUGCAAAAGAGAAGCAGUGAAUACUCAUGUUUCAUAAAUGAAAAAACUGGGGACAAUAGGGUGUAACUUAUGCAAGGUCACCAGGUAGUUGACAAAACUAGCAUCUAAAUUCACCUCCUUUUCCCACAGUGCAGAAUCACUGUAACCAUCUCUGUUGUUAUAAAUGCUUAAAGGAUGAAUUUCUCUAUAAGGGAAAAUGUAAAAGGCUGUUUGUCUAAACAUUAUCACUUCCAGACUUGUAGGUUACAAGUUGCUUCAUGCAUUACUUUAUCUUCUGGCUAAAUUGUUGAUGAAAUUCGCUAAAACAAUAAAACCAUGUGUACAUUCAGACCUUCAUUCUCAGAUUUUCCAACUGGAAUAAGAGUCCACUAAUGAGAAUUUCUCUCCCACUCCUGAUAAUUGCACUAGUACUUUAGACACUUUAUUGUGAAAUAAAUAAAACUAUAGAGGAUAAUAAAGAUAAUGAUGUUGGCUAUCCAGCUAUCAUGCAGCUACAUAUUUUGUCAUAUAUUUGCUUUACAAUUUUUAAACAAUAAAGUUCCUGCACGUGUUUGUCCAAUCCCAUUCUUUUCUUGUACAACUCAAUCUGAAUUUUAUAUAUUAAUUUAUACAUAGUAAUACAGUACUGUUGCAUUUAACAUUUUAAUUUUAUUUUUUAAAUUUAUUUUUUGCACUUAACAUUUUUAAAUGAAGAUUUUUUAUAUUUAAAUAAAAUGAGCUAACUUUAUCUUUAUAUAUAUCUACCAUUCCACAUUCAUGUUUGGGUGUUUAUCUUGCUAUUUAGAUCUAGCAAUUGUACACCUGCAGCUUUUGUGAUAUUAUGAGUGAGGUCUUUGUUUCAAGUACAAUUUCUAAUUGGUUAGAUUCCUACUGCUACUUUCUAGAAUAAGACGCUCACAGGAUAUCUGAUUUCUAAACUAAAUCACUUCUAGUAUCAACAAACACAUGUUCACGCAUCACAGAUACUCUCUUAGUCCUUAUCCGGAGUGUUUUCCAAGAGGUACAGGUGAAGCUAUGUUCUUUUCUUACUCUGUCACCCAGAGAGCUUAUUUCCCAGGGAUUUCUUAAUGUGUUUUCAAAUGGAGAACUAUAAACCCAAGCAAAAACUGCAACUCUCCAGAAAGACUCUUGGACUGGAUAUCAAGAGAUUUGGGAUCUCAUGUUGGUUUGACCUUGAUGGCAGUCACGUAGACUUGUGGAUCUCCUCAUGUGUAGGAAAACUGGAGAUGGAGAAUUGUAAGGAUUUCUAAACUAAGAACCUUUCCACUAGGUGAAUUGUAGCAGAGAUACCUGUGGAAUUAUAGUGUGCGACAGGCAAGUUUUUCUAGCUGAUGCCUUUCUGGGGAUCCUUUACAUCAUCAGAUGCUUGUUUAUGUGUUAGUUCUCUCUCUCUCUCUCUCUCUCUCUCUCUCUCUCUCUCUCUCUCUCUCUCUCUCUCUUUUUUAAACCGGUAUCAGGGAUUGAACUCAUGACCAUGUACUUGCAAGGCAGGCAUUUAUGCCGCUGAGCUAAAUCCCAGCCCUAUUUGAUAGUUCUCUUGUCUAAUGUUUAAAUUCUUAAGUGGUAAAUAAGCAGUUUUAUACAUUCAUGGUUGAAACUUUCUUAUGAAACCAUAUCCAAUAAAAGCAUUCAAAAGACAGCAUAUCCAAACUCAUAAAAUGCUAUUCUUCAGAUUUGUACAUUUCAUUAUAUGUAAAUUUUACGUGAAAAUACAGGGGGCAUAGCUCAGCAGCACAAGUGCCUGCCUGGCAAGCACAGGGUUAUGAGUUCAAUCCCUGGGAUUAAAAAAAAAAAAAAAAGAAAAGAAAAGAAAAAAGAAAACACUAUAGAGACAAAUAAACAUAAAGAAUAUCUGUGACUUCAUAUAACUGAGAUUUUAGGAGAAAUAAAAUUUGGAUUUAAGCUUCUAAUCAGAUUUCUGCAUAGAGUAAAACAAAGGUCUUCUUUUUUGUUAAUAAUUCAAGCAAGAUAAGAGCUGUGAGUUCAACAUGAUCUGCUCCUAUUGAGAUAAGUAGAGUCACGUAAUGAAAAUGAAGGUUAAAGGUGCAUGAUAUUUGUGACAUUUAUUCUGACCACCUGUCAGUGCUAGAGAAAAAGAUCAGUACUUUUAAUAACACCAGAGUCUCCUGGGUGAGCACUGUCUGGUUUCUAUGAGAACUGGAAACCCGAGCUUAGACCGUAUUCAUUCUUUCUCACUGUUUUGAACUGACAUUAUAAAAAGACAUUUUCCAAAACUACUCAAUAGAAAAAUUACCAAACAAAUAGGUGUUGAUUAGGGUUCUUUGUAUGCAAACAAAAGCAACUAAUUUAUGCAAAAUAAAAAAUCACUGGAAAUAUUCUUGGUAACUCAGGGAAUCAAAGGAAAUGUUGAGCAAUUAUACCACAAGCAGGAAAGCUCUGGCAUGUCAGCUCUAACUAUUUUUCACUCUGCUCAAGAUCCAGAAUCUUGGAAAACAGACUGAUUUGCCUGACUCAUGCCAUGUGGCCCCUCCUUGAUUUGUGUGUUGUUGGCUAACAGAGGAAAACAGGGAGGAAACUUUCAUCAUCAUGUACUUCCAGGAUUGCGCAUGACAGUGAAGGGAAGAUUUCCAAGAGAAAUCAGAACUCUCUUACUGAAGAGGAGGGAAUAUCUGCAUAAAUGAGUCAGGAGGGCACAGGAGACAUUCAUUUACCCCUCCUGUCAUGAUUCCUCGUGAGGCCACAUAUACCAGGCUCCUUGCAGAGUCUCCUAGCAUAAGCACCAGAAAGGUCUGGGAUUUUGAGAGGAUGACUCCAAAAACAGCAACCCCAGAUUUGGGAAAUGGAGCUAUGAUCUAGUCUUCGGGAGGCACCAAGCUGCCAGUAUGGACUUACAUCCUCUCAAGUAGCUUUAUUUGAAAACUCUUGAGCGUGCUCAGAGCACACUCAUGGGCAGGCUGACCUAGAAAGAUUCCAGGAGAGCGUAAACACGUCCAAGAGGACUCCCGCCCUGCCUCCCCCCAUCUUGUUACAGUAGGUAGUUCCCCUUCAAGAUCUCUGUUCAUGUCCCACUUGCACUCAGCUUAAAAAUACAACUUCAAAAUGUUUCUCCCAUCGUCCUCGUUUUGCUCCUCUGCUACUGCCAUUGCCCUCGCCUGAGAAGCAAAUACUGCAAAUGUGCAGACUCUAGGGUGGACUAUGGGUCCGAGUCUUGGCUCUGUUCCUCUUUGCUAGAUGGAUGUCCCUGUCCUCUGUCCCUAUCUGAGCUACUAUGAGUGCUGCCCUUUCACCACUUACAGUAAACUCCCCCUCCACUCUGCCUUCUCACCUGUGGCUUCUUACCUAUCCUCUUUGUGAUAAUAGCCAUUCUAACUGGUGCAGGGGGGCUCAUUUUUGUUUUUGAAAAAGGGUCACAGGGCUGGGAAUUUAGCUCAGCACUGUAAGCACCUGCUUGGCGAGUACGGUAUCCUGUGUACGAUUACUGUACAAAAAAAAAAAAAAAGAAAAGAAAAGAAAACAGAAGGUUACACUCUAUAGUUCAGACCAGCCUAAAAUUUGCUAGGUAGCUCAGGCUGCUCUUGAGCUCACUCUCCUCCCACCUUUACCUCAGUGCUGGUCAUUAUGGUUUUAAUCUGCAGUUCUUUGAGGAUUAGUAAUACUAUUUUUUUCACAUGCCUAUUGGUCAUUUAUAUGUCUUCUUUGGAGAAAUGUCUAUUCAGAUCUUCAACCCAUUUUUAUUUGGAAUACUUUUUAACUAUUAUCUGAAUUUUUAAUAUAUUUUGGAUAUUAAUAUCUUAUCAGAUAAAUGAUUUGCAAAUAUUUUAACCCACUUUGUAUUUUCCACAUGAAUGUACCUUUUGCUGUACAGUUUGAUCCAUUCUCAUUUGUCUAUUUUUGAUCUGGUUGCUUGUGCUUUUGGGAUCUUAUUCAAAAUAUCAUUGCCCAGAGCAGUGUCCUGGAAAGUUCUCUGCAUGUUUUCUUCCUAUAACUGUAGUUUUAUAGUUUCAGAUUUUACCUUUAAGUUUUAAUCCGUAUGUAUAUGUGAUGUGAGAUAAAGAUGUAAUUUCAUUUUAAUCUGUAUGCCAUCUCAUUUUUCCAGCACCAGUAAUUGAAGAAACUGUCCUUUCUCUAUUGUGUGUUCUGUGCAUCUUUGUGAAGAAUCAUUGACUGGUCCCUGGACAUAUUUUUAGGCUAUUAUAUUCUUUUUUUAUUCAUUUUAUUUCAAAGAAAAAAAUACAACAAAAUAUCAAAACACAAUAAUCAGAGGACAACAAUGGUAUAUACAUUGUACAUAGGCUAUUAUAUUCAAUUGGUCUAUCUAUCUUUUUUCUACCAAUACUAAUGCUGUUUUAAUUACUGUAGUUUUAUAGCAUAUUUGGAGGUCAAGUAGUGGCUAACUCUAGCUUUGUUCUUUUUGUUUAAUAUUGCUUUGGCUUUUGGGGACUUUUGUAGUUCCAUACAAGUUCUAGAUUUUUGUUUGCUUGUUUGUUUUUUAGUUCUGAGAAUUUUGAAAGAGACUUAAUUGAAUCUUUUUGGUAGUAGGGGUAUUUUAACAGUAUUCUUCUAAUUUAAAAACAUAGGAUAUCUUUCUAUUUAUUUGUGUCGUUUCAAUUUCUUUCUUCAAUAUCUAUAGUUUUCAGCACAUGUCUUUUUAUAUGGUGCUGGGGAUGAACCAGAGCCUUGUAUAUAUCAGGUAAGUGCUCUACCUGUGAGCCACACCCUGGCCUUGUAACUUGAUUCUUAAGUCCUUUCUUUUCCUUUCUCUGUCUCCUUCUCUGUCUCUUUCUCUCUUUCUUCCUUCCUUUGUUCCUUCAUUCGUUCUUUCCUUCCUUGUGCACCUAUUGUGAAUGGGAUUGUUUUCUCCAUUUAUUUUUUUCAGCUUGUUCAUUGUUGGUGUGUGAAAUGCUAAUGAUUUUUAUGUGUUGGUUUGUAGCCUAUCACUUCGCUGAAUUUGAUUAUUGGUUUUAACAGUUUUUUGGUGAGUUUUUUAGGUUUUUAUAUGUAAGAUAGUGGUUUGGGAAAAUAGUGAUAAUUUGACUUUCUUUUUCCAGUUUGGUUGCUCUUUAAUUUUUUUCCUCUUACCUGAUAGCUCUGACUAUAACAUUCAGUACUAGGUUGAAUAAAAAUAUCUUUGCUUCUUGUAGAUCUCAGAAGAUUUUCAGCUUUACUCAGUGAAUAUGAUAUUAGUUGUGAGCUCAUGAUAUUGAAAUUGUUUCUAAGCUUAGUUUUCUCACGGUUUUUAUCAUUAAGGGAUACAAUUUUAUCAGAUACUUUUUCAACACUGUUGAGAUAAUCAUAUGCCUUUUGUCCUUCAUUCUAGUAAUAGGAUAUAUUACAUUUACUGAUUUGCAUGUGUUGAAACUCUCUGGUAAAUGGACCUUUUUCACAUUUUAUUUUUUAUUUUUCUAAUUUUUAAAUUGGUACAUUUUAGAUACACAUAAUGAUAAUAUUGAUUAUAGGGAAUCUGGGCCUGUACAUGAUGUAUCUUUCUUCUCUUUCCCCAUUCCUCUCCCCUCCCUCGGACCUCUCUUCCCCUCCUAUUUACAGAAACAUUGCUUCCAUUUAUUUCUUUCUGCUCUCUUUUUUCUUGUCUCUUCUUUCCUCUCCACCUCCCCUUCCCUUGAACACCUUCUCAUUUGAACAUUUUCUUCCCAUUUUCCAAUAUCUAUUAUAUAUAUUAUUUACAUUUUCAGUCUUUGAACUGUUUUCAAGAUUUAGCUUACAAAUUGUGCUACUGUAAAUAUGGGUGUGCAUAUAUUGCUAUGGUGCUGUGCUUUUAAUUCUUUUGGGAUGAUACCAAGCAGGGGAAUGCCUGGGUCAAAUGGAACCACUAGUUUUAGUAUUAUGAGGAAUCUCUGCACUGAUUUCCAUAGUGGUUACAACAGUUUACAUUCUCACUAAUGGUGGAGAAGGAUUCCUUUUUCUCCACUGGUUCAGCAGCAUUUGCUGUUGGUUGAUUUCUUGAUAAUAGCCAUUCCAGGACUGAGUUUGGGUGUAUUGCUUCCCUGUCCAUUUCAAUAAAGAGUUUGAGAAGUAACAACAUUAGAUCUCCUCUAAAUUUCUUUCUUUUUUUCUUUCUUUUUUUUUUUUUUUUUUUUUUUUUUUUUGUCUUUUUUGUUUUUAUCGGUACCAGGGAUCGAACUCAUGACUGCCUGCUUGCAAGGCAAGCACUUAUGCCGCUGAGCUAAAUCCCUAACCCCACCUCUAAAUUUCUAAUAAAGUUCAGCAAUGAAUCUGUCAGACCCUGGGCUUUUCAUUGUUACUAGGUUUUUAAUUACAUCUUCAAUUUCAUUGAUAUUUAAAAUUUUUAUAUCUUCUUGCUUCAGGAUUGGUAAUUUAUAGGUAUCUAAGAAUCUGUUCAUUUCUCUUGUUUUUCAACUUAUCAGAAUACAGGCUCUUGAAGUAGGUAUUGAUAACCUGACUUUCUGCAGGAUAUGUUGUGAUUUCACUCUUUUAAUUCAUAAUUCUUUGGAUUUGAGUCUUUACUUUUUUGAUAAGGUUAGCUAAGAGCUUGUCAAUUUCAUUUAUUCUUCCAAAGAACCAACUCCAAUUCAUUGAUUCUUCAUAUUGUUUCUGCUUUGAUCUUUGUAAUAUCCUCCCUCAUACAAGCUUUAGGCUCCUCUUUUUCUAGAAGCUUGAGGUUCAUCAUUAAUUUGUUCAUUUGAGAUCACUCUUUUUCUGAUAUGGGAAUUCACUGCUAUAAAUGUUUUCCAUAGGACUGCUUUCAUUGCAUCACAUAAGUUCCUGUAUGUUAUAUUGGUAUUGUCAUUUAAUUAUAGAAACUAUCUAAUGUCUUCUUUAAUUUCAUCUGUGACCUAUUGGUUGUUCAGGAGAGAGUAAUUUAAUUUAUUUUACUUUAUUUUUUUUAUUUAAGGAGAAAAAGGAAAAAAAAAACAAAAAGGGUACAAGUUAUACAGAAUUUCAGAAAAUAUAACAAUAGGAAAUCACUAGUUAAUAGAUUACAUAUUGUUAUCCUAGAAAUAGUUGUUCAAGUUACAAAAUUAAAGCAUAUAAAGUGAACUUUCAAACAAUGAGACUGCAAACAGUUUUGUUCAAUGAUCCAACAAAACUCAGUAAUAUGGUUAUCUAUCUUAUACACUUAAAUAUAUAUGCAGUUAUAUCCUUUAGAACGCUUUCUUUUACUUUCUUUUGUACAAUGACAAUUACACAUUUUGGGUUUUAUUACUCCCACAGUUCUUAUUACUUUUUUUGAAGAGAGUAAAACCAAAUGUGAUAGAACAGAGUCAGUCAAAUCAAAAGAUGGACAUAAUAGAUAAUGUAAAAACAAAAUACUAGGUGAUCAACAAUGGUUACCAUACUGCCUCUUGCUAUCUUAAAAAGAAUUGCCUAUAUCAUCAGUUAUAAUAAAACUGAACAACACAGUAAAGAAUAAAACCAAAACAUUGGAGACAUUACAGGACUUUAAAAGAAGAUAAUAGUCAACUGGAAUGGGCGUCAUAAUGAAUCUUAUUAUCUUUACAGUUGUUGCCUAUACUUUUGAACUUGGUAAUAUCAAACAAAGCAGAAUAGAGAAAAUCAGUCAAAGCAAGAUGGUUAGGGCUAUACAGGGUUUCAAAUCAAGUUAAUAGCAAAUCAUAGUGGGUUACUAUAAUGUAUCCUGCCAUUUUUUUAUUUUUCCCUUAAUUAAAAAGAUAAAAAUUAAAAAAUUUUAAAAAAGGAGACUGAGAUAAAAGAGGGCAUAACAACAAAACAGCACAGGUCAAAGCAUAACCAUUUAAGCAAAAUAGUGUUUCACCACAAGAUAUCCUGACAUAAAAGUAGUUACCAUAGUGUCUCUUUUCUUGAAAUCUUUGAGUAUAACUUCGUAUACUGUAGCACCAAACAUAUCAAGACAAUGUAAAACCAUUCAAAAGAAUGACAGUAUUGCAGGGUAUUUAGAACCAACUAUCAGAAAAUGAACAGUGGUUUCUGUAUUAUCUCCUUGUCUACAAACUUUUUGCUUAUAUUAUCACAUAUAAUAAAAUACAGUAAGAUACAACCUGUUAAGACUAAUGGAGACAGAAAAAUACAAGCUUGAUGCAACUUCAAAGCAAGAUGAUACUAAAUCAGCACUAGCUAUUAUGAUGUCUUGUUUUUUCCAAAAUAGCUGUUCCUACCAUCCAAUCUUCUCUGCCUCAUUUCUGUUGAGCUCUUUUUCUGUUGUUUGUUGUCAGUUUGUCUUCUUUAUUUCACUUUCUGCUCCAUUCAUUGUGGCCUCUCUGCCACUGUUUCUGACAUCUUGGAGUUUUCCUUUUUUAGAAUGUCCUGCAGUAUUCUCUGUAGAGUUGAAUUGGUGGUUGCAAAUUCCCCUAGUUCCUCUUUAUCCUGGAAGCACGUUAUUUUUCCAUCAAUUUCUAGGGACAGUUGUGCAGGCUAUAUCAACCUUGACUGACGGUUGUUAUCUUUCAAAGCUUGAAUUAUUUCCCCCCAUGGUCUUCAUGAUUUGAUGAUUUGUGGUGAGAAGUCUGCUGUAAUUCUGAGCGGUGUUCCCUUGUAAGUGAUCUGUUUUUUGUCUCUGACAGCUUUUAGUAUUCUGUUCUUAUAUUGGAUUUCUGGAAUUUUGAUUAUUAUAUGCCUGGGUGUAGCUCUGUUUGGGUUGUAGGUGGCUGGGGUCCUGUAUGCCUCAUACAUCUGAGUAUCUUUAUCUUUUGCUAAAUUAGGGAAAUUCUCUUGGAUUAUUUCUGUGAAUAGCUUUUAUAGUCCAUUUGUUUGUGUCCCUACUUCUUCUUUUAUGUUCUUAAUUCUUAAGUUAUAGAUCCUCUUAUCAUCUUCUAGCCUUUGUAUUAUUGCUGUUUUGUUAUUUUUAAGAAGUUUUUCAUUUCAUGCUCCCAUAUUACAAAUCUGCCCUCCAGUUCAGAUAAUCUAUCCUUAGUUUCUUUCAAGCUGUUAUGCCAGCUUUCACUAGAGUUUUUAGUUUCCUGGUAAUCUCUUUGAACUUGCUUCGCAUAUUCUAUGUUUUCUCUAUUUUCUCCAUCAAACAAUUCUCCCCUUUUUUUCUGUUCUUCCAUUCCACCAUCUGUUUUUUCUUGGGCGGUGCCUAGCAUUUCUCUAACUAUUCUACUUAUAUCUUGCUUUAUUUCAUUAAAUACUUCAUUUUUAAACUGGUCUAUGAGGCUCUGGAGAUAUCACUUUAUGCCUAUUGGUGCCAUGUCUGAUGUUGCAUGUUUUCUGCUUCCUUUGCGUUUCCCUUUCCUGUGUUCUCAGGAUUGGGGACUGAGGACCCUUUCUUGUUGCUUCCUCUUCCCAUACUUUUUGUUCCUUCCAUACAAGCGAAUGUGGGAGGCCCAAUUUUUUUCUCUUUUUCAGUUACAGUUUGUUUGAGUUGCACCGGCUAGAUGUUCCCGCCCACUGCAGUGUACUAGGGAGACACAGACCUGGGCAGCCUCUGCUUGGCCCUCCCCUCCAGGUCAGCCUACUGAAGGCUUCACUGCUAGGGUGCACUCCAGGCACUGGGACCUGGUUUGGCUCCAGGCACUGGGACUUGGUUUGGGCAAGCCUACUGGGUCUUAAUCAGCGGCAUCACACAGGCCAGGCACUCCCCACCAAUCCCGCUUGAGAGGGAAAUAUACGACUAAUGUCACUGCAGCGCCCUGUUCUGGCAAGUCUUCCUGGUCCCAGUAUGUCCUUUGCUGGAGCCUCCUACUCUAUGAAAGGGUCCCUGUUCCACUCACUCACCGCAAGUCGAUGUAGGGCUCCCUGCUAGUCCUGCUCUCAACUCUGUUUGCAGAUUCCUGCUCUCAGAGCUUUCACGCAUCUCUGUCCCUGCCCUCCAAAUUUGGACCCAACAGCGGCAGCAGGAAAUUCUAAUCGUGGCUUCCAGUGGCACGGUUCCAGCUUCUGCACUGAGAUUUUAUCUGUUCCUGUUAUAGUACCAGGAUUGGAUUUCUAGUUGGUUUCUCUUAGCUUAGUUCAUUCCUGGAUCGGCAGGGUGUAUCUCCCCUUUCUUAGGACUCCUCGUACUGCACCAUUCCUUGAUUUUACACAGGGUAUCUCAGAGGGCCUCCAUAGCUACUAUCUAUCCACCACGUUCUUUCAGAAGUCGGCAAGCUUACUUUUGGCCUACCAGGAAGAACAACUGAUUAGAACAAUUGUGUCAUCUUGGCUAAAGUAGUACAAACAGCAAUAGCUGUAGCAUCAAACACAGUCUGGAAAAUGACAGACUGUGGUACCUAUUAACUUGCUACCUUUGACCAUAUGAACUAGAUUUUGUGUUAUAAAAGAAAACAUAAAACAAACCAGAAAAUUUUAUACCUUAAAUAUGCCCUCAAUAUAGUAUUUUUACUCUCAAUGGAGAAAACUUAAAAGGUCCUUGGGGAAAAAAGUAGAGGAAGAGAAGAAGUGGACAGAUUAGAAGUGAGGCUGGAGGACAAAGGAAGAUUACACAAACUUUGGCAACUGGAGAAUAAGGCAGGUGAGAAAGAGAGAAGGAAGAAAUAUCAAGAACAGAACAGUAUUAAGAAAAAAAUUAGUAACGAUGUUUACACUUAUAGAAAAACAAGAACUAACAAUCAAAACAAAACAAAUACAAAACCAAGAAAAUACAAAAAGCAAGAAAAAGUCCACUUCAGGGCUUGUCUCUGAUGUCACUGAGAGACACAAUGGGUAGACAUAGCACAGGCCCAUGUUGAUUAACCCAAGCAAGUCAUCUGUAGAUUUAUGGUGAGUUAGUGGAUAAUCCCAGAAAGCCUCCCUUUUAGUUAUACUGAUGUUCAGGCUGACUUCUGGUUGUGAGGCUGAAACUUGAAUUGUUCAGCCUGAAACAAUCCAUAUGCCUCCUACUAUCUUGAAUUCAGUUCCGUGACCUUUUGUUUACUUGAACUCAGUUCUGCCUCACCCUGACACUGGGAGAAGAUAGAUGCAACCAUACGGUAGCUAUUCUGAGUUCUGAGCUUGGUUGGCCUUUCUCCAUGAUGGCUACUGGCCAAUUGCCCUCUCUUGUGUGACAUCUGAACCUGAAUAAAUCACCAGCUUCUGUAGUACACUGCAACUGCUGCUUUGUUCCACUGAUGUGUUUCUCUGUGGAGGCCUCUGGCUGGCCAGUAGUCUCUGUGAGUUUGCAGGUUUGAGCCACUCAUCCCAUGCAGUGAGUCAGAGCUCAGGAGAAAGCACCACUUGACAUCCCGUUCUUCUGCACUGAGGUCUGUCUCUUGCCUCCCUCCCUGAGUUUCAAUUCUCACUGGGUCCUGGGGACCCGCUUUCCUCCUUCUUCUCUUCCUCACAUUGCUACAUGCCAGCAUCUGGAUACCAAAUCUUGGAGAGUCUUUUUCUUGCCAUUCACCACCUUGGUAUCUUCCUGGAAGUCUUCGAAUGGGUCUUUUAGCAUUUUGUUGAAUUCAAUUUGCUAGUAUUUUGUUGAGGAUAUUUGGAUCUUUCUUUAUUAGAGAUAAUGGCCUGCAAUUUUCUUCUCUCAUAGUGUCCUUGUCUAAUUUUGCUUUUAGGGUAAUAACCUCAGGGAAUGAAUUUGGAAGGAUUCUCUAGAAUUUCUUUCUUUCUUUCUUUCUUUCUUUCUUUCUUUCUUUCUUUCUUUUUGGAAGAGUCUGGGGAGAAUUUGUAUUAGUUCUUCUUUAAAUAUUUGUUAUCAUUCAGAAUGGAGCCUUCUGGUCCUGGGUUUUGCUUUGACAAUUUUUUUUUCCAGUGCUGAGAUUAAACCCAGAGCCUUGCACAUGUUAUAAUUACUGAAUCAGUCUCCUUAUUCAUGAUUUGUCUGUUUUAGAUUUUGUGUUUCGCUAUGAUUUAAUUUUUGUAGGUCUGUGUUUCCAGAAAUUUACAUAUUUUUAAAAAAGUUUUCCAACUUGUGGGAGUAUAAUUAUUUUUAAUAAUAUCAUGAUCUUUUUAUUUAUGUGGUCUCAGUUUUAAUUAUAAAUUUCAUAUAUUUAUCUUCUCUCUGAUUUUGUUAAUCUAGCUAGAAAGUUUGUUGAUUUCGGUUAUCUUUCUUCAAAACUGAAAUUUUAUUUACAUAUUUAUCUUGAGACAAUGUCUUGCUGUGUUGCCAAGCUGGUCUCUAAGUCCCAUGCUCAAGUGAUCUGCCUGCUUUGGCUCCCCCAGUAGUUGGGACUCGAGGUGUACACCACUACACCCAGCUUCCUAAAUCUUACUUUGUCAUUUCCAUUGUUCAUCUAGUCUCUAUUUCAUUAUUUCUACUCUGAUCUGUACUGUUACUUUCCUUUUACUAACUUUUUUUUUUCUAUUUCCUUUGAAGUAUAAUAUCAAAUUGUUUGUUUGGAAUCUUCUUUUUGAAUGUAGGUAUCUAUUGCCUAGCAUGUCCUGAACCUUGCACACCACCAUUGUUGCUGGUGUUAUUUUUUACAACAGGCAGAAGUUGAAGUGACGAUUUCUGAAAAUAUUUUUGAAGCCAGAUGAAAAGUUUUCUAGUAGAACUACAAACAAUUCUGUGGAAAGAGGCCACUCAGCUAUCCUCCUGAGGAAUCUGAAUUUGAUUUAAGUCUGAAGAAAAGAUUGAGAUUUAAUUUUAAAGACUCUGCCAAAGACAUGACCUUCAGUUUUUUUUUCCCCCAAGAAUGUCUCUUAGAGCCCACAACACAAAUUCAACUCACGUGAGAAUGUAAAUCAAGUUAGGCUACACAAUCACAUAUGCUACUUCUUACUGGCUUCAUCUAAGUUUGAUGGCAAAGUUUAGGUUGCAACAAACUUGGAGAUCCCUGAGAAGGAUCUUUCAUUUCAAGGUCUGAAAUGAUUAAAUGAUUAAAAUUGCUCUUUAAUAAUUAAACAUGCCAUCUGUGUAAGACAGAGUGUGACCUUUCAUCCAGGGUCUCUCAGGCGCUUCUAGAGUUUCUGCAGUUGGCAUAUAUGAUAUCAAAAACCCAUUGCUAUGCUUCCUUUGAAAUAUUAGAGGUGCAGACUUAGAGCAGCUGUUUGUGUGCUGCUAGAUUUUAUUGAAAAGUGGGUUUUAAAAGCCCUUCGCUUGUCAUUUUGAGUUAGCAUACCUUAAUCACAAAUCUCACCAUAAUGUAAUUCAACUGAUGCCUGAAACUCAAUACAGCAGAACAUUGGCUGAACAGUACACUUGGCAGCAAUAACCACCUAGAAUGUAUGUUUUCCAUGGAAAUGUCCUUUUACAUUAUAUGUGGCCUCAAGAGUGUCUAAUAGAUUAUAAAUAUCCCUUUUUAUAUAACAAGACACGAAAUCUCCAUUAUGCUUGCCCCUCUUUCCUUUAACCCCUACAGGGAGUAUAUAAGGGGAUAUGAUCAUCCAUUCACUUUCAGGUUCAGAGACUAAUAAUACUACUAAAAAAUUGAUGUGACCCUGUCAUUAAGCCAACUGUAGUAAUUAGUCAGUGGUAAGUAGAUUUGUUUGUCUUAAAGGUCCUAUGAGGAAACUUCCACAAUUUAGUGAACAGUUCAGUGAUCAGAAUGGAGGAGUAUCAGUCACAUAAACAAAAAGGCCUCUGUGUGUUUGGGAAAUGAAGAUAUAAAACUUGGUUAUCGUAAUACUCAACCAGCAGUAUACUGGAGACUUUUUAUCUGCUUGUCUUCAAAAGGCUGUUUAUUUAAAAGUUCAUCUGUUAAGACUACAUUUGAAAGGUUUCAGUGUUGAUUUUAGUGCUGCUUUUCAAGAUAAAUUUGACUGCUCAAGUCCAUUUAAUGCCUUCAUAUGGACCUUUAAAGUCCGAUGCAAAGAUAAGUAAGCUAGUGUUAUUUUUAAAAUACACUACAAAUUUUAUUUUUAAAAAUCAAACUGCGGGGUAAGUUCUUUUAGAAUUUGUUUCUCACAUAAACUUAUAUCCAGGGCUAAAGCGAGGUGAUCUUGGUUGCUUUGUUGAUACAUUCAUGCAUUAAUGCAUGGAUUUAAGUGGACUGAAUCCUAGGCAGAAUUCGCUAGGCACUGGGACUUAACAUAGAAUGGGUUACAUGUGCCCAUUUUUCCCCCCAGCACUAUUUUAAGUCCUGAGACAGAUCAUGGGUAUGCACUCAUUUGUUUAUUUAUUUGAAAAUAUUUACUCAUGAGUUCUUCCUAUAAUAGCACAAGAAAUAACAUGGAUGAGAUGUUGAAGAACAUAACCUUGGAUUGCUACAGGGAGCUAAGGUUGUAAGAUAACUAGACCUAAUACAAAGUGACUUCAUUUUAGUACAUGGAUACGUUGUGUGUGUGUGUGUGUGUGUGUGUGUGUGUGUGUGUGUGUGCUGAGGGAGAGGCAGUUCCCUUUGUGCAGGGAGAGUGUGCUAUUUAUUCACCCUUCGAAUCCACUUUCCAUCCUUUCCUACCCGGCUGUUUGUUUACAGCUUGACGGAGCUGAGUUUCUUUGCCCUCUGCUUUAGUAAGGGUAGACAGCAGGGAAGGGAGAGGCGUUUAUUCCUCUCCUCUCCCAGCCAAAUGGAUUUCCUGUACUUUCUCCCCACAGUUUAUAUUGGGCAGCUCUUCAGUUGUCUAAUUCCAGCCUCUCCACCCUCACCGCAUCACUGGGUUUCAGGGCUGCUAACAGCUUCCCUGUAUCAUUGGUCCUGUGUCACCAUCCUCUAUGCUAGUCACUGGUCCUCAUCUCUUCCCGCCCUGGAGCUCUCUCCACUUACUGUUCCCACUUGGCUGCCGGCUGACACAGGGAGCACUACGGAUGCCCAGGAAGAUACUGCAGAGCUUACUUUAACUUGGUGUUUUCAUCGUGUACACAGAACAAAGCUGCCAUCAGGACUAAAAACAUCCCAUCUCUGCUGUCAAUAGAUGGCAUUCAGAGUCGUGCACAGAUAUUGAGUGCGUGAAGUGUUCUUUUCUAGAGUCCAUUGCCUGCUUCUACUUUAAAUCUUUUACAAAUUUUAACUCUAUACUAGAUAAAUGCAAAACCAGUGAAAAUAGAUAUAUUUAGGAUUUAUUAAGGCAACAAUAGGGCUUAUUUGAAAAUAUGUAAAGAACAGAGAAAGAUGUAUGUGCACAAGGAAUAAAAUUUUUUUGACAGGAACAAUUCUGAAAGACGGAGAGUAAAUUGAACGACAAAAGUGCUGUACUUAACUACUAUGGACUGAAUUUUGUUGUACUUUCCCCCCAUUUAUACAUUGAAACCCUAACCCCCAGCCUGAUCGUAUUAAGAAACUGCUAAGGUUUGAUGAGAUUAUAAGGGUUGAGCGCUAUUCUGAGAGGACAUGUGGGCACUAGUGAAAACUAGAAGCCAGCUUGUUUAAAAAACAACAGAAUGAAACGAGAUGUGGGAUUGAAGAGAAAUCAGCCUUGACUGAGUCCAGUGGACAAAGCAUACACAGUGCUGUUUGGGGCCCAAGAAGCCUCUCCCCAGCGGGACGAGGAUUAUUUUACCAACAUUCCACAUUCUACCUGGAACAUUAGGGCUUCCAAGAUUCUGUAAAUUGUGCUGGGAUUCAGGGCUCAGAAAGGCCAGCCUCAGAAGGGCCCGGCUGUGAUGGUUCACAGUCCCUGAGGAAGGGCCACGUGUCUAAUCAGUACCACCACGUCCACAUUUGCUGGGGUUAGGAGCCAUGUGCCGGCUGAGGGGAUGGGGCCAGCUCUUCCUGCCGGUUUUCCUCUCCUUGUUCCUCAUCCAACUGCUUAUCAACUUCUCAGACAAUGGGUUUUUUCACAUCUUCAGUCAGAGGAACAAGCAGAGAAGAAAAAGUGAAAUAGAGGAUGCAUGUGCUCAAAAGAGAAACUGUCAACUGUGCACAGGAGAUAAAAGAUGUAUUUGGUGCAGUGAAGAACGCAUUUGCAAAAAAUACUGUUUUCCAAAUUAUGGCUGCAGUAUCAGUUCUGUAUAUUGGGCAAACUGUAGGAUUGACAUGUUUGGAAUCAUAAUGCUGACACUUAUUGCAAUAUUAUCGACAGCAUUGUUGUGGCUUUGCUGUGCCUUUUACUUUUACAUGAAUGAACGUCAAGCUUAUUUUUAUGGAAGACAUGAAAGAACUAUUCAUGGUUGGGAUCCUGCAUUUGAUGAAUAGAUAACUGAAAAGAUGAAUCUUCCAGAGGGACAAGCAGAGAGUUUCUUCAAUGGCUGAACCUGAUCUAUCCUGGAGAACAUUUGUAUUUGACAAGAAUGUGAAUUCUGUUGCUGCUGUUGAAUAGAAUGUUUCAUGCACAGGUAUUUCUGUCAGAUCUAUAAAGAAUAAUUCAAAUCCAAAGUUUCCUUUUAUUUCUGACUGGAUUUUUUUUUGUCUAGACGAUGCAUACAUUGUUGAUUUCCACAUUGUUGAAGUUUCCUACUACUAUUAUCUUUCUCUUCAGAUCAAUCAAAUAUUUACAUGAUAAAUUUAAAGAUGCCAAUGUUGGGUCCAUACACUUUUUAAACUUAUAACUUUUAUAUUUUCUUGAUGAAUUGACAUUCUAUCACUAUACAGUAACUAUAAAAUGACAGUAGUAAAACCUUACCAAUCAAUUGAAUACAAAUAUAUUAAAUUCCGUAAUCAAAAGACACAAUGGUAGAAAAGAUUAAAAAACAAGACCCAACUGCAUGGUAGUCCUUUCAUUUCUAGGGACAUUCAAACUAAAAGUAAAGGUAUUGGGAAAGAUAUUUUAUACAAAUGAAUACCAAUUAAAAGCAUAAUUUUUAUGUAAUUAUAAUUUGACAUAAUUAUAUGAAAAAAUAGAAUUUAACCCAAAAACUAUAAAAAGAGACAAAGAAGGUCACUGUAUAAUGAUAAAGAGGUCGACUGAUUUACCUUAAAAGUCCAUCAACCAAUGAUAUGAGAUGGAAUACUUUUCAUGAAUUGAAUUUCCAUGGGUAUUGGAGUAUAUUUCUGUAUACCUCUUCACUGCUAUUGUUCUGCUUCAUCAUCCCCUAAUAUAAUUGUUUUAUUGUGAAAGCUAUAUAAUAAUUUUAUAUAUAUUAAUAAAUGAAACUACUCGUUUUAAGUUACUUUUUCUUCUCACUCUUUGUUUUUAUUAAUGCAUAUUUGCAAUACAUAAUGAUUCCAUUCAUUGUAAGAAAUUUGCAUUGUAAGAAGAUGUGUAUAUAUACAUAUUAAUUCAUUUUACUUUCUCUUUUCCUUCCCUCUCUCCUCCCUCUCUCCAUCUCUUGGUCCCCUUCUCAUUUGUAAACUCCAUCUCUAUGUUUCUUGUUUUUAUUUUUUCUCUUUAAUUUGUUAACACUAUGGGUUUCUUACAUGAGGGAAACUGUAUGAUAUUUAAGCUUGUGUAUCUGAAUGGUUUUCUCAUAUAAGAUAUGAUAUUUAAGCCAUAUGAUAUUUAGGCUUGCAUAUUUGAUGUAUUUUACAUUAUUUUCUCAAGGUGCAUACAUUUUCCUACAAAUAACUCAGAUUUAUCCUCUGUGGUAGCGUAGUAUUCCAGUGGAUAUAAAUACCAGUUUCUUUAUCCACUCAUCUGCUGAUGGACAUAUAGGCUGCUUCCAAGACUUAGCUACUAUGAAUUGUGCUGCUAUAAAUAUGGUGUCAUGGUUUAUGUUGGUGGCUCCCAGGCCUCAUGAGUUUGCAUUGUGCAUUUGUGAUGGUUCAUUGUCUAGUGUUUGGGUUGAUGGUGUCUGUGCUACACCCACAUAGGCGUAGAGCCAGGAUGUGAUGUAAUGGCAGGAAGAAGGUGUGUUUCGCUCUUUUGCCAGUUUCUGCCUUGCUGUUUGCAGCCGCCAUGAACUGUGGCCCAGCCAUGCCAGCCUGCCUUGGAGCCAACUGAGUAUGGACUGAAACCUCCAAAAGCUGUAAGAAAUAAAUCUUUCCUUUCCCAACUUUGGGCUUCAGGUAUUUUGUUUCAGUGGGUGAAUAAAAAGUAAGACAGAAUUUGGUACUGACAAGUGGGGUCGUUUGCUGUGACUAUACCUGACCAUGUUUUUGGAGAGGCUUUGGAAAUGACUUGUGGGCAGAGUUUGGAAAGGUCCGGACAUGUUGUCUGGAUGCAUAGAGCUGGAGCAGCUUAGGCUGUUCUGUAGAGGAGAUUCUGGUCAGAGCUCAGGAGACCAGAAGGCUGAUAGAAAGACCAGGUUAAAGACCAGGCUUGGGAGGUUUCUGCUGGGAAGAAGGACUACAUUGGUUGUUGAACUCCCCAUGAUGUGUGUUAGGGCUUGACAGAACGUUUGUGUGCAUUUUGUUCAUGCCCAGAGACUUUGCCUGAGACGAAGACAAAGAGCAAUGGACUGAUUAAUCUUGAAAAAGAAAUUAAAAAGCAAUUGAAUAUUGAGGCUGUGGCAUGGCUACUGUUGGGGGCUUUUAGCCAGCUUUAUGUUGCAAAUCAGGAGCAAAGAGCCCAGCAGGAUAAUUUGCAAUACUAUGACUUUGGCCAGAAGGAAAAUUCCAGGAAUACUAUGGAUUUUAAACAUGGAGCUGAGACUUUGCUGAGGAGAAACAGAGAGAUAAGAAAGAUGGCCCCAGGUCAUCCCAGGAAGCAUGGGGUCAAAACUGCAAAAGUGAAAGAAUUUGUUCAGAGGAGAGUGCUGCAGAGCACCAUGCUCCAGAAUGCAAUGGAGGCCACAUGAGGUUCCAGAAUGGUGGCAACAUAGAAAAGCUUUUCUCAUAAUCAGGUAAACAGAGCUCUGUGAUCCAGGCAACUGACCUCUACAGCCAAGAGAGAAAAGCCUGUCUACUGCUUCAGCUGGCAGCAGACCUUGGCGGCAUCCAUAUGGUGCUGAUUUUAGGUGCAAGGAAAAUGCACAAAUUCUGAGGGUAAGAUGGCUUCCACUUUGAUUGCAAAGCGGGGAGGCCAAGCAGUGUGCCCCUGAGAGGGCAAUUUGUGAAGAUGUAAGGGCGAAGCCAAAGGUACAAUGGAGACCCUAGAAGUUUGGAAAAGCCAGGAACGUGGAUGAUCCAAGGAAAGCCACAAAAAGCGAGCAGAGAAGAUUUAAGAGAAAAGCUUUGGGAGUUGAAAUCCCUGGUAGUGCCAUGGGGAUAGAAUCACCCAAGGUUUUUGGAGAUUGCAACCAGAUUGCUUCAGAUGCUGAGCAUGGAACUCUAGGACUUAAUGUUUGCCCUGCUGGAUGUUGGACUUGCUUUGUUUCCAAUGCUUUAUAUUCCCCUGUUUGUAACUUUUAGAAUGGUAAUGUUUAUCUUGUGUCUUUGCAUUUCAGAAAUGUUUAACCUUAUUUCAUUUGUACAGGGGUUACACUUAAAAGUUUACCAUAAAUCUUGAAGGAGACUCGAGGCUUGGACUAUUCAGCAAUGCUGAAACUGUUAGGACUUUGGCAACUCUUGGAGGUGGACUAAAUAUCUUUUGUAUAAAGGAUAUACAUGAGUCCUAGAGGCCAGGGGUGGAAUGUCAUGGUUUAUGUUGGUGGCCCCCAGGCCUCAUGAAUUUGCACUAUGCAUUUGUGAUUGGUUCAUUCAUUGUCUAGUGCUUGGAUUGAUGGUGUCAGUGCUACACCCACAAAGGGGUGGAGCCAGGAUGUAAUGUAACGGCAGGAAGAAGGUGUGUCUUGCUCUUUUGCUGGUUUCUGUCUUACUGUUUGCAGCCUCCAUGAACUGUGGCCCAGCCAUGCCAGCCUGCCUUGGAGUCAACUGAGUAUGGACUGAAACCUCCAAAAGCUGUAAGAAAUAAAUCUUUCCUUUCCCAA